UUCAAAACAACAAUAGAGUACUCUGGUCGCUCAGUCAGUAGCUUCAUCAUCAACGACCUUUUCCUCUUCAUCUUCUUCAGUUCAGUAGCCUCAGCUUGUCGUUUUUUUGUUGGUGACUCCAACCAACCUCUUUGGCUUUCUGGGUCUGAUCCUAAAAGGCCUCUCGAUGUCUCAAACAAAGGAACCUCGUCGGAUCCUCCGACAAAAGAAGGACCAUCUCCCACAUGACAUCGUACUUAACAUAUUGGCGAACCUACCUGUCAAAUCAGUCCUAAGAUUCAGGUGUGUUUCUAAAACCUGGGAUUCAUCAAUCACUACUCCUAAUUUCAUCUCCACCCACCUUAAUCUUAAUCUUAACAACAACAACUUAGCUUAUCUCAUAAACAAUUCUACUCCUUUUAACAGCAACAUCCCAAUCUUUAUUGAUGGUUAUGACCACAACUUUAAUAGGAUUUCUGAGUACCCAAUUCCCUCUGCUUUUCUUUUAUCUAAUGCCCACUCAGUUAGUUCAUGCAAUGGCCUGGUGUGUCUCACUGAAUUAAGAAAAACUUCCACUCAUAUAUAUUUGUGGAACCCCAGCAUUAGAAAAUUUAAGGGGUUGCCUGAUUGUUCCCCAACCAAACGUGAUUGGCUUUCUACUGGAUUUGCUUAUCAGUCCAACACCAAUGACUACAAGGUUGUCAUGAUCUCUCACAUUCCUGCAGCCGAACCCAACCACCAUUGGGUUGAGCUUGGAGCUGACGUUUACACAUUAAGCUCCAACUCUUGGAGAAGGGUUGGAAUGUCGUUGACACACAUUUUUAUGGUCUCCCCUUUCAACAAUUGGAAUACCACAUUUGUUAGUGGGGCUUUGCAUUGGUUGGGAGACGUUUGUACUGCCGCGCCUUAUCGCAUGAUUUUGUCAUUUGAUGUCAAUAAUGAUAAAUUUAAAGAGAUGGCACUUCCUGAUGUACAACAAUUGCUACCGCAAGGUCUGAUGGCGGACCCAAAUUCUCUGAUGGUGUUCAAGGGGAAACUGGCCUUCAUUACAUUGGGUUACCUCAGAUUCGACCACGUCAAUGAAGACGAAUACAAUGACUUUAUGAGGUCGCAUACACCUCAUUCAGGCUUCAUAUGGGUGAUGGGGGAGUAUGGUGUACAUGAAUCAUGGAGCAAACUUUUUUUUGUCCGGUUUGAAAAUGUUGUCUCUGUACGUUUCUUUGGUUGCACCAGUCGUGGUGAACUGCUAGUUAUAAAGAAAGUUUAUCCUGUAACCAAUGGUGGACAGAAGAGGUACGUGGUUGUUUCACUUGACCUUGAAACUUUACAUGAGAAGGAUCUUGGUUUCCAAAAGGUUCCAGAUAUAGCUACUACUUUUGUGGAAAGCCUUGUGUUACUUGAUGAAGCAACUGAACUAUCUGGAUAAGAAGUGAAAUUGUUAGUGAUAAUCAUAGGAUUUUAUUAUGUAAGUGUGAUACCAAUGAGACCAUUAUCAUACUGUUUCCUUUGGUAUCAUUUUGUUUUGAGGUAGGCAGAAAAGUAUUGAUGUAAUGUAGGUGAAUUUUAUUCUUGAUUUAUACCAAAACUUAAUGCUUCUUAGGAAUCUCAUAUUAUGUUUGUUUCAUAUGCGUGCUGUGAUCUGGUGUUGUCUAAAUCCUAGAGGUACUGCUGUGGUGCUGUGUGCUUUGAUCUGGUGCUGCCUGAGCCUAUGAGCUGCUCUGGCGCUAUGCUAAGUAGUGACUAUGCGGAAUAAAAGCUUGCUUGCUUGUAUGAACUAAUUCAAGACUGGUUGUAAUUACUUAGGCACGUGUAUGUUGAUAAGGGCAGUAUUAUGCUAUUUUAGUAGUGUAGCAGAUAUUAAAUUUAGAACAUGUGCUCCAUUGUUGGAGCAUGUGACUGAUUGGUUGGUUGUUAGAGGUAGUUAUGCCAGCUGGCAUAAGGAGUUACUAGAUCAGCUAGGUAGUUAAUCUACUGGUAAGGAUGGUACACAUACAAAUAGGUAUUUGGCUAUGUAAUGAGAUCAUGCAGAAAUUAACCAACAGUUUUGUUUCCUAUUCUCUCUUCUCCCUCUCAAUUCUUGGAGGUCAGUCAUAUCCUUUCUUCAAUAUUUCAGUCAACUUGUAAACACUACUUGCCAUCUAAGCUCUUAACAAUUCUUGUGGCAAUUUCAUGAAAGGAUAUGACAUUUUACUUGUAACUAUUUUUUGCCUCUGUAAUGUGUUGUAACUUGUAAAAGAUUAGAUUAAAGACCUUACUUAAAUUCAAACAAAUAAAAAUAAAAACAGAGCAAAAGAGAGCAAAGACAAGAAGCCCUAAGAUGAGAAUGUUGGAUUAGAUUAGAGAUCUUACUACGAAUCAACAAAAUAAAAUAAAAAUGGAACAAAAAAGAGGGAAGAAAAGAAGCUCUAAGAUGAGAAUGUUAAAAAUGGGACGUGGAAGUUCUUAUUUGGAGAGCAAAGGUCUUGUGCUUGGUUCCUUGAUCAGAAUGAUAUAUAUCUUGCUAGUGGCUGCAGUGCAUUUGCAAUGCAAUUUUAGUGACAAAAAGCUCAUUCAACUGACAAUAAAAAUUUCCAAGAAAAUUGAGCUUGUUAUAUCUCAUGGGGAUUGCAUUAUCUCAUUCCUGUGAGAAAAAGGUUGAGAUAACAGAUAGUGCAGGAAACACUUCUUAACCUACUACUUUGCAAUUACCAUCAUUACAACUUAUAUGAUCAGCAGAGAAGCUUAGGUCAAAGGCACCUUGGUUUGAAGCCCAUUCAAAACAGCAGAUUUGGAGGGGAUUGCGUCUCUCAUCGAGACCAGUGCAUAUACCUGAGAGGUGCGAUGUAUUGUGCGUGUGGUUCAGCUUACC